UCUGUCAUUGCCAUCUCGGCCGAACGGAGACUGCUCAUUCUCAGCCACCCUGAAUGUAAGGGGGGGGCAUUAAACUUAUUAAGAGAGGAAUAUUUAUUUUCUUCACUACAACGAAAGGAUCGACAAGAGCAAGGAGAAGAGACAGUAAGAAACAUAUCAUAGGAUUUCUUCUUCCAUUUUUUUUCCCUUAUUGAAUUAAGCAACACGUGCCGGCCGGUCUUGGCACUUGACUCUUUCUCACAACACAGCGUGAGGUGCUCUUCUCUUUGUUUGAUAUUGUGCAUUUUAGUUUCACUUUGAGAGAGUUUACUGGAUCAAACAACAAUGGUUGCUGGAAUGCUGAUGCCCCUGCGUGACCUGAGGGCCAUCUACGAGAUCCUGUUUCGAGAUGGUGUCAUAGUGGCUAAGAAGGAUAAGAGGCCGCAGAUCAAACACCCAGAAGUACAAAGUGUAAGCAACCUACAAGUAAUCCGUGCAAUGGGGUCUCUUAAGUCCAGGGGCUAUGUAAAGGAAACAUUUGCUUGGAAACAUUUCUACUGGUACCUGACCAAUGAUGGCAUUGUUUACCUGCGUGACUACCUCCACCUGCCCACUGAAAUUGUUCCUGCCACCCUGCAAAGGAUUAGGAAGCCGGCCGCCACUCUGGCCAUUGCUCAUCGAGCUGCACGGGUCCAAUCUGUAGAAGGUCCAACGUCUUAUGUCCCUAAGCCGGGACGCAGGGGUGAAGCAGAAAGAAGAGAGGAACUAGCAGAGCGCCAAGGCUACCGCCAUAAGAUGGUGGGUUCUGGAGAAAGAGAGAAUUACCCCGAUAGGACCCCGAGAUUCAGGGGUCGUCCACUGGCUGGAGAACCGGCCAGAGAAAAGGCGUUAUGGGAAGUGGAGGGCCAGCCUCAGGACGUUUUCAGGAAGACCACUGGUUUCAGAAGCGAAACAGCAAUGAUGGAGGAUAACAGGGGGAAAAGAGUAACUCACCAGGACCUUGAUGUUUACAGCGAGAAGCCCAUAGCAUCACCACAAAAGAGGAGAGCAUUGGAGGUCGAAAAAGAGAAGCCAACAAGUUCUGCUCCCGCUCAGACAGCAGCUUUGAAGCAGGAUGUGUCGCAGACCACUCUGACAUCCUCCAGAACAGCCCUACCAUUAGCUGUGGCUGCUGUUGCUGAGGCCACAGGUGCUGCAGCAUCAAAGAUUCCAGCUAAGCCCUCUGCUCCCAAAACAAACGAGGAAAUGAAGACCAAGGACAGGCCUAAUAUCCCUGAGGAACAAACUUCUAUGAAGCCUACUCAAAUGAUUACAAGCAAACCAGUUCUCACAAUGCUUCCUGAUUUCGAUGCCAAAGAAGACAAAAUGAAAACGGCGGUUGUGGAUCCAGUUAAAGUUACAAAUGUGAGUGCUACAGCAGCCAAUGAUCAAGUAAAGCCCCAACAAGUCACUUCAACAGGCUCUGUCAAAGAAGCGAAGCGUAAAGUAAAUAAGGAAUUGAUUAAAGCCACAGAGGUGAAGGCCCCUCCAGUUUCAGCUGCGUCUAAAAUUAUAAAUGAUAAAGCAGAAAAAGUUACAGAUGCAGCUGCCACUCAGGAGACUGCCAAAGUCAAACCUCACAGCGCCACAAACAAACCAAAGGGCUCCACUAAUGAGGUUAAAGAUUCUAAAACUGAUGAAGUGCCCCUAGAAGUUACUACAACACAGAAAUCCUCAACACUUGAAGUCAAAUCCACCAUUACCACAACAACUCUCGCAGCACCUUUGACCAAUGCUGAAGAUGCACAGCUUGUCACAGCAAAAGCUGCAGAGAUGACUGCAGAAGAGAAGAAAACUAAUUCCAAAGCGAUUCCCCCAGUCGGAAAAGAAGCCCCUAAAGGUUCCGUGCAGGAGCCCACAGUAAAAGUGCAAGAUGAAUCAGAGUCAUCUCAGCCUCCUCAAAAUGCUGUCACCACAGAGGUGCUUAAAGAAACCACACAAGCGGUCGAGGGAGGCUCAAAAUCAAAAAGAAAGAAAAAGAAAUCUCAAGCUGAGGCCUUGAGUGUCGAGAGUGUUGAGGGAUCACCUGAAAAUAAGACUGAACUUAGACCAGUGGCUUCAUCAGAGCCUUUAAUUGUGUCUACCUGCUCAAAGGGAACAAAGAAAAAUGAGGCUAAAUUACAUACUGAUGGAGAGAAAACAGAAGAUGUCCCCAAACAAAUAACAGCUUAUUCAGAAGAAACCUCACUGCCACUAGGACAGAUUCCUGCAGCGCCCCUAGUGGAGGGACAAAUAAAAGAGAAGUCUGAGGAAAGCAAUGCCGGAAAGAUUGCACAGGGACCAUUAUCCCCCAAGGGCGAGUCAAAUGUUACGUCGCCCCAUAUGGAGCCGGUGAAUCCUGAGGAAAUAACUGUGACCAAAGUGGAAACAGUGACAGUGCAGAAAAUGAGUGGAGUGGAGCUCGUGCAAGCAAGCCCUAAAUCUGAGCAGGAAAACCCUGCCCCACUGUCAGAACCUCAGAAACCCACAAUUGAGGCUAAAUCCCCCAUGAAUACAGAGAAAGCUACACAGGAACCUUUAAAGGGAAAGAAGAAGGGAAAAGGUAGAAAGCAGCCUAAAGAACCAGAGUCAGAGGUUAUAAACACAAAUCCUGUCCCUUUGACUGAAGCAGAAACAUUGCCAUCAACUGACACUAGACCCCUGCAUGAAGCUGCAGUUAAAAACAGCCCUGACAUGGCCUCCGGACUGACAGAAACUAAUGUUUCUUUAAAGAUGACUCUUGAAAGAAUGUGCAGUGAGGAAGUCAGGCAGGCAGCAGCUGUGCUCUCUGAGGCCCCAGCAGACAAAAGGGAGGUGGAGCCAGCCCUGCUCUUUGCAGAAAAAAUCAAGCGGGAGGCUCCAAAACCAGAAACAUCCUCCAGUGUGAGCGAAGCACCCGCAGCCGGAGAAUUAGCGUCAGCAGCAAGAGCGCUAACAGCAGAGCCAGCUGCAGCUCAGGCACAGGCCAGCCCACUCUUCGAGCGAGAGGAGCCUCCCAAAGUUGCACAACAUUCGGCCGCUCGGGCAGCAGAGUGCAGCACAGAGGAAAGGCUCUCUGUUUCUGAGGCCUUAAAGCAGGAGGGAGAGAAGAAGAGGGACUUGGUAGAGGACACACCCUCUGCCACCGCCACGCCCGUGACCCGUCCUGACCAGCCUCACCUGCGGGACACCUGCAAGUUUGAAACAUCGGACAUAGACGAGGCCACCAUGAAGAGGAAAAUAGUAGUAGUGGAGGAGAUUGUUGAGGUGAAGCAGCUCAUUAGUCCGGAGGCAGCUGGGCAGCAGUCACCAACUCCACCUGUGGAGAAUGAGGAGGAAGGCGAGGAGCUGGACCUGGAUGUUCUGGAAGAAAUCGCUAUAGAGCGGGCAGUCUUGGCACAGGUGGCGAGGGGCAAGGGGCGAGGAGCCUCACCAGAGGUAGACUGGGACCACUCACUGGGGGAGCCAGAGGAGAAGACAUGGCCUAACUUCAUUGAAGAUGAACGAGACCGAGUCCAGAAAAAGACCUUCACAAAGUGGGUGAACAAGCACUUGAUAAAGCAUUCGAGGGUAGAGGCACAGCGUCAUGUUACAGACCUGUAUGAAGACCUUCGAGAUGGACAUAACCUGAUCUCGCUGUUGGAGGUCCUCUCUGGAGAAACACUACCGAGGGAGAGAGACAUGGCCAGGAGCGUUCGGUUGCCUAGAGAGAAAGGCCGCAUGCGAUUCCACAAACUUCAGAAUGUACAGAUAGCACUGGACUUCCUCAGACAUCGGCAGGUCAAACUGGUUAACAUCAGAAACGAUGACAUAGCUGAUGGGAACCCUAAGUUGACCCUGGGGUUAAUAUGGACCAUCAUCCUCCACUUCCAGGUCUCCUCUUCUAUCUCAGAUAUUCAGGUCAACGGCCAGUCAGAAGACAUGACGGCCAAGGAGAAGCUGCUGCUCUGGUCUCAGAGGAUGACAGAUGGCUACCAGGGCAUCCGCUGUGACAACUUCACCACCAGCUGGAGGGAUGGCAAACUCUUCAAUGCUGUCAUACACAAGCACUAUCCAAGACUCAUCAACAUGGGCAAAGUGUAUCAACAGACCAACCUGGAGAAUCUAGAACAAGCCUUCAGUGUGGCUGAGAAAGAUUUGGGUGUGACCCGCCUGCUGGACCCUGAAGAUGUUGAUGUCCCACACCCAGAUGAGAAAUCCAUCAUCACUUACGUGUCCUCCUUGUAUGAUGCCAUGCCUCGCACUGAUGUACACGACGGCAUGAGAACCAACGAGCUGGAGGUGCGCUGGCAGGAGUACUACGAGCUGGUGACUGUUCUGCUCCAGUGGAUCCGUCACCAUGUCAUGAUCUUCGAAGAGAGGAAGUUUCCUGCCAGCUACGAGGAGAUAGAGCUUCUCUGGCGCCAGUUCUUGAAAUUCAAAGAGACAGAGCUGCCAGUGAAAGAGACUGAUAAGAGCCGCUCCAAACACAUCUACCAGUCCUUUGAGAGUGCAGUGCAUGCUGGUCAGGUCAAGGUCCCUCCAGGCUACCAUCCCAUUGAUGUGGAGAAAGAGUGGGGUCGACUCCACGUGGCCAUCCUUGAGAGAGAACGACUCCUCAGGAUAGAGUUUGAGAGACUCGAGAGACUUCAGAGGAUUUAUGGUAAAGUCCAGAAGGAGUCAGGAAUGUGUGAUGAGCAGCUCGCCCACCUGGAGACCCUGCUGCAGACGGACAUCCGUCUGCUGAACGCAGGGAAACCAGCUCAGCACGCAGCAGAGGUGGAGAGGGAGCUGGACAAGGCAGACAACGUCAUUCGCCUGCUCUUCAAUGACGUGCAGGUACUCAAGGAUGGGCGCCACCCUCAGGCUGAACAGAUGUACCGCAGAGUUUACCGCCUCCAUGAGCGCCUGGUGAAUUUGCGCACUGACUACAAUCUUCGUCUGAAGUCUGCCGUGACUACUGCCCAGGUCCCGCUUACCCAGAGCGUCCAGCAGACCUCCAUAAAGGGACGGCCCGAGUUGGAUGACGUGACCUUGCGUUAUGUUCAAGAUCUCUUGGCCUGGGUGGAGGAGAACCAGCGCCGCAUCGAUAAUGCAGAGUGGGGAUCUGAUCUGCCCUCGAUGGAGUCCCAGCUGGGCAGCCACAGAGGCUUGCAUCAGACCGUGGAGGACUUCAAAUCCAAAAUCGAACGGGCCAAGGCUGAUGAGACCCAAUUAUCUCCUGUCAGCAAGGGCACAUACAGAGAAUACCUGGGAAAACUGGACCUUCAGUAUGGCAAACUACUGAACUCUUCCAAGUCCCGCCUAAGAAAUCUGGAAUCACUGCAUGCCUUUGUCAGCGCUGCUACUAAAGAGCUGAUGUGGUUGAAUGACAAAGAAGAGGAAGAGGUCAACUUUGACUGGAGUGACAGGAACACUAACAUGACAGCUAAGAAAGACAAUUACUCGGGUCUCAUGCGAGAGCUGGAGCUGAGGGAGAAGAAGGUCAAUGACAUCCAGGCCUUGGGAGACAGACUUGUCAGGGAUGGACAUCCUGGCAAGAAGACAGUUGAGUCCUUCACAGCUGCCCUGCAGACUCAGUGGAGCUGGAUCCUCCAGCUGUGCUGCUGUAUAGAGGCUCAUCUCAAAGAAAACACAGCCUACUACCAGUUCUUUGCUGACGUUAAAGAGGCUCAGGACAAGAUGAAGAAAAUGCAAGAGAACAUGAAAAAGAAAUACGGCUGUGAUCGCUCUACAACAGCCACACGCCUGGAGGAUCUGCUGCAGGAUGCUGCGGAGGAGAAAGAACAGCUGAAUGAAUUUAAGACUGUGGUGGCCGGCCUGAACAAGAGAUCCAGGUCCAUCAUCCAGCUGAAACCACGAAACCCCACCACCUCCAUCAAAGGCAAACUGCCCAUUCAGGCUGUCUGUGACUUCAAACAGCAGGAGAUCACUGUUCACAAAGGAGAUGAGUGUGCACUCCUCAACAACUCUCAGCCCUUCAAGUGGAAGGUCUUGAACCGUUCUGGACACGAGGCGAUGGUGCCUUCUGUCUGCUUCAUUGUACCUCCAGUCAACAAGGAGGCUGUGGACAGCGUGUCCAGUCUGGAUGCAGGUCAUCAGGAAAUGGUUUCCAUGUGGCAGAUGCUCCAUAUAAACAUGAAGAGUCUACUGUCAUGGCAGUACCUGAUGAGAGACUUCACACAGAUACGCUCCUGGAACAUCACAAUGUUAAAGACCAUGAAGCCCGAAGAGUACCGGCUGAUCAUGAGGAAUCUGGAGCUUCACUACCAGGACUUCAUGCGUGACAGCCAGGACUCGCAGCUCUUCGGCCCCGAUGACCGCAUGCAAGUCGAGGACGACUACACCAAGUCCACCCAGCAUUUCGACAACCUGCUUCGCUCCAUGGAGAAAGGAAUAAUGGUUGUUAGGGUUAAAGGUCAACAGAAUGAGACUCUGUGUAAGAACUACAUCUCUGAGCUGAAGGACCUGCGUCUGCGUAUAGAGGACUGCGAAGCUGGUACUGUGGCACGCAUUCGCAAGCCUGUGGAAAAAGAGCCUCUCAAAGAGUAUAUUCAGAAGACCACGGAGCAGAAGAAAGUUCAGGGAGAACUUGACGGCCUUAAGAAGGACCUUGAUAAGGUGUCUGUUAAGACACAAGAAGUCUUGGCCUCCCCUCAGCCUUCUGCCUCAGCUCCUGUGCUGCGGUCAGAGCUCGACCUCACUGUACAGAAGAUGGAUCAUGCCCACAUGCUGUCCUCUGUUUAUCUUGAGAAGCUAAAGACUGUGGAAAUGGUCAUCCGCAACACGCAGGGUGCUGAGGGCGUUCUCAAGCAGUAUGAGGACUGUCUGCGUGAAGUUCACACUGUGCCCAGUGAUGUCAAGGAAGUAGAGACCUACAGAGCAAAGCUUAAGAAAAUGCGCACUGAAGCUGAGGGUGAACAGCCAGUGUUUGAUUCCCUGGAAGAAGAACUGAAAAAAGCCUCUGCCGUGAGCGACAAGAUGGUUCGUGUGCACAGCGAGCGCGACGUUGAGCUCGACCACUUCCGCCAGCAGCUGUCCAGCCUCCAGGAUCGUUGGAAGGCCGUGUUCACCCAGAUCGACCUUCGCCAGAGAGAGCUGGAGCAGCUCGGCCGCCAGCUCGGUUACUAUCGUGAGAGCUAUGAUUGGCUAAUCCGCUGGAUUGCCGAUGCUAAGCAAAGGCAGGAGAAGAUUCAGGCUGUGCCCAUCACCGACAGCAAAACGCUGAAGGAGCAACUUGCCCAGGAGAAAAAACUGCUGGAGGAGAUCGAACAGAACAAAGACAAAGUUGAUGAGUGUCAAAAAUACGCUAAAGCAUACAUUGAUACUAUCAAGGACUAUGAACUCCAACUGGUUGCCUACAAAGCUCAGGUGGAACCUCUUGUCUCGCCCCUCAAGAAAACCAAACUGGAUUCAGCUUCUGACAACAUUAUUCAGGAGUAUGUAACACUGAGGACCCGGUACAGCGAACUGAUGACUCUGACUAGUCAGUACAUCAAGUUCAUCACAGACACACAGCGCCGCCUGGACGACGAGGAGAAAGCUGCAGAGAAACUCAAAGCAGAAGAGCGGAAAAAAAUGGCCGAGAUGCAGGCAGAGUUAGACAAACAGAAGCAGUUAGCUGAAGCUCACGCGAAGGCUAUUGCCAAAGCUGAGAAAGAGGCUCGAGAGCUGAAGCUCAAAAUGCAGGAAGAAGUAAGCAAGAGAGAAAUUGCUGCUGUAGAUGCAGAGAAGCAAAAGACCAACAUCCAGCUGGAGCUGCAAGAGCUCAAAAAUCUCUCAGAGCAGCAAAUCAAGGACAAAAGUCAACAGGUAGAUGAAGCACUUCACAGCCGGACUAAGAUCGAAGAGGAAAUCCACCUCAUCAGGAUCCAACUCGAGACAACAGAAAAACAAAAGUAUACCGCCGAAUCUGAGCUCAAGCAGCUUCGCGAUAGAGCGGCUGAAGCAGAAAAACUCAGAAAGCUUGCCCAAGAUGAGGCUGAGAAGCUCCGUAAACAAGUAAGUGAAGAGACGCAGAAAAAGCGCCAGGCUGAGGAGGAACUCAAGCGCAAAUCUGAGGCAGAGAAGGAAGCCGCUAAACAAAAGCAAAAAGCUCUGGAGGACCUUGAAAAACUCAGGAUGCAGGCCGAGGAGGCUGAAAGACAAGUGAAGCAAGCAGAGAUCGAAAAGGAAAAACAAAUCAAGGUCGCUCAUGAGGCUGCACAGAAAAGUGCUGCAGCUGAACUCCAGAGCAAGCACAUGUCAUUCGCGGAAAAGACCUCAAAGUUGGAGGAAUCACUCAAGCAGGAGCAUGGUGCUGUCCUUCAGCUGCAACAGGAAGCAGAACGCCUCAAGAAACAACAGGAAGAUGCAGAAAAUUCCAGAGAAGCGGCUGAAAAAGAGCUCGAGAAAUGGAGGCAGAAGGCUAAUGAGGCUCUUCGCCUGAGGUUGCAGGCCGAAGACGAAGCUCACAAAAAGACCCUCGCUCAAGAGGAAGCUGAGAAACAAAAGGAGGAGGCAGAGCGUGAGGCUAAAAAGAGAGCCAAAGCUGAGGAGUCGGCCCUGAAGCAGAAAGAAAUGGCUGAAGAAGAACUCGAGAGGCAGAGGAAGAUAGCUGAGAGCACAGCCCAGCAGAAACUCACUGCCGAGCAGGAGCUCAUUCGACUCAGGGCGGACUUUGACAACGCAGAACAGCAGAGAUCCCUCCUUGAAGAUGAACUUUACCGCCUGAAGAAUGAAGUCGCUGCAGCUCAGCAACAAAGGAAGCAGCUAGAAGAUGAACUGGCCAAAGUUAGGAGUGAAAUGGAUAUCCUCAUUCAGCUGAAGACUAAGGCAGAAAAGGAGACCAUGUCUAAUACAGAGAAGAGCAAGCAACUACUUGAGGCAGAAGCUGCCAAGAUGAAGGACCUUGCUGAGGAGGCAAGCAGGCUUAGAGCCAUUUCAGAGGAGGCUAAGCAUCAGAGGCAGAUUGCUGAGGAAGAGGCAGCUCGUCAGAGGGCAGAAGCUGAGAGAAUUCUCAAAGAGAAGCUGGCUGCGAUCAGUGAGGCCACUCGCUUAAAAACAGAGGCCGAAAUUGCCCUGAAAGAGAAGGAGGCAGAAAACGAGAGACUCCGGAGGCAAGCUGAGGAUGAGGCUUACCAGAGGAAAGCUCUUGAAGACCAGGCCAACCAGCACAAGCAAGAGAUUGAGGAAAAGAUUGUGCAACUCAAAAAAUCCUCUGAGGCAGAAAUGGAAAGACAGAAAGCCAUAGUGGAUGACACACUCAAACAGAGGCGAGUUGUCGAAGAAGAAAUCCGGAUUCUUAAACUCAACUUUGAAAAGGCCUCAUCUGGAAAACUGGAUCUGGAGCUGGAACUGAACAAGCUGAAAAACAUUGCAGAUGAAACCCAACAAAGCAAGAUCAGAGCCGAAGAGGAAGCAGAGAAACUGAGGAAGCUUGCCCUUGAGGAGGAGAAGAGGAGGAGGGAAGCAGAGGAAAAGGUGAAGAAGAUUGCUGCUGCAGAGGAAGAGGCUGCCAGGCAGCGUAAGGCAGCCCUAGAAGAGCUUGAACGGCUGAGGAAGAAAGCAGAAGAAGCCAGAAAGCAGAAAGAUGAGGCUGACAAAGAAGCUGAAAAACAGAUUGUUGUGGCCCAACAGGCAGCCCAGAAAUGCAGUGCAGCAGAGCAACAGGUUCAAAGCGUCCUUGCCCAACAGAUAGAAGACAGCAUCACGCAGAAGAAGCUCAAGGAAGAGUAUGAGAAAGCCAAGAAGCUGGCCAAAGAGGCCGAAGCUGCUAAGGAGAAAGCAGAAAGAGAGGCAGCUCUCCUUCGUCAGCAAGCAGAGGAGGCAGAACGGCAGAAAACAGCAGCUGAGGAAGAAGCCGCAAACCAAGCCAAGGCUCAGGAAGACGCCGAGCGACUGAGGAAGGAAGCUGAAUUUGAAGCUGCCAAACGAGCCCAAGCUGAGGCUGCAGCGCUCAUGCAGAAGCAGCAAGCUGACACUGAAAUGGCAAAGCACAAAAAGCUGGCCGAGCAAACGUUAAAACAGAAGUUCCAAGUGGAGCAAGAGCUCACAAAGGUUAAGCUGAAGCUUGAUGAAACUGAUAAGCAAAAAUCUGUCCUAGAUGAAGAACUCCAGCGCCUCAAAGACGAGGUCGACGAUGCCGUCAAACAAAGGGGUCAGGUGGAGGAGGAGCUGUUCAAAGUCAAGGUCCAGAUGGAGGAACUGCUCAAACUGAAAAAUAAAAUCGAGGAGGAAAAUCAGCGUCUGAUUAAGAAGGACAAAGACAGCACACAAAAACUGCUUGCUGAAGAGGCUGAGAACAUGAGAAAGCUUGCAGAGGACGCUGCUAGGCUUAGUGUGGAAGCGCAAGAGGCUGCACGCUUGAGACAGAUUGCAGAAGAUGACCUUAAUCAGCAACGAGCACUUGCAGAAAAGAUGCUCAAAGAGAAAAUGCAGGCAAUUCAAGAAGCAUCUCGACUCAAGGCUGAAGCAGAAAUGCUCCAGAAGCAGAAGGACUUGGCUCAGGAGCAGGCUCAGAAGCUGCUGGAGGAUAAACAGUUAAUGCAGCAGCGCCUGGAGGAGGAAACCGAGGAAUAUCACAAGUCACUGGAAGUAGAGCGAAAAAGGCAAUUGGAGAUCAUGGCUGAAGCUGAAAGACUCAGACUUCAGGUUUCUCAGCUCAGUGAAGCCCAGGCCAGAGCCGAAGAAGAGGCUAAAAAAUUCAAGAAACAAGCCGAUAAAGUUGCUACCCGUCUUCACGAGACUGAAAUUGCUACCCAAGAAAAAUUGACUGUAGUGGAAAGACUGGAAUUUGAGAGACUAAAUACCAGCAAAGAGGCUGAUGAUUUACGCAAAGCUAUCGCAGACCUAGAGAACGAGAAGGCUAGACUGAAAAAGGAGGCUGAAGAACUUCAAAAUAAGUCUAAAGAGAUGGCUGAUGCACAGCAGAAAAAAAUCGAGCAUGAGAAGACAGUCCUCCAGCAGACAUUCAUGACAGAAAAGGAGAUGCUCUUAAAGAAAGAGAAGCUCAUUGAAGAUGAGAAAAAGAGGCUCGAGAGCCAGUUUGAAGAGGAAGUGAAAAAGGCCAAGGCGCUCAAAGAUGAACAGGAACGCCAGAAACAGCAGAUGGAGCAGGAGAAAAAGACACUCCAGGCUACCAUGGAUGCAGCCCUUAGUAAACAGAAAGAGGCUGAGGAAGAAAUGCUUAGAAAGCAAAAAGAAAUGCAAGAACUUGAGAGGCAGAGACUGGAGCAGGAAAGGAUUCUGGCAGAAGAGAACCAGAAAUUGCGUGAGAAGCUACAGCAGCUUGAGGAUGCUCAAAAAGAUCAGCACACUAGAGAAACUGAUAAGGUCCUUCACAAAGACAUUAUCCAUCUAACAACGAUUGAGACAACAAAGACAGUUUACAAUGGUCAGAAUGUUGGUGAUGUGGUAGAUGGUAUAGACAAAAAGCCAGAUCUGUUGGCUUUUGAUGGCAUCCGUGACAAAGUACCUGCAAGCAGGCUUCAUGAGCUUGGUGUCUUACCAAAGAAGGAGUUUGAUAAACUCAAAAAUGGUGAAACCACUGUUCAAGAGUUAGGCAAGACUGACAGUCUAAGAAACAUUCUCAAAGGAAAGAAUGCCAUUGGUGGUGUUUUGACACCCUCCAAUCAAAAAAUGUCAAUCUAUCAAGCAUCAAAAGAGAAGAAAAUUACUCCCGGCACAGCCAUGAUCCUUCUUGAAGCACAAGCGGCCACAGGUUACAUGUUAGAUCCAAUUAAGAACCAGAAACUUUCUGUUAAUGCAGCUGUCAAGGAAGGACUGAUUGGCCCAGAACUGCACAACAAAAUGCUUUUAGCUGAGAGGGCUGUUGUUGGCUACAAGGAUCCAUACACUGGUGGAAAGAUCUCCGUCUUUGAAGCCAUGAAAAAGGGGCUAAUAGAACACGAUCAUGCAAUCAGAGUCCUUGAGGCUCAGCUUGCUACUGGUGGCAUCAUUGAUCCAAUCAACAGUCACCGUGUGCCCACUGAAACAGCCUAUAAACAAGGACACUAUGAUGCAGAAAUGAAUAAGAUCAUGGAGAACCCAUCAGAUGACACAAAGGGAUAUUUUGACCCCAGCACUCAGGAACCUUUGACAUAUUCUGAGUUAAUGGCAAGAUGCACUACUGACCCUGAGACCAGUCUGUUACUCCUGCCAAUCACAGACAAAGCUGCGCAGUGCUCCAGUAUAUAUACAGAGGAAGAGACCAAAGAUGUAUUCGGCAAAACAACUGUGUCUGUGCCAUUUGGUAGAUUCCAGGGAAAGACUGUCACGAUCUGGGAGAUAAUCAAUUCAGAAUACUUUACAGAAGACCAGAAGAAGGACCUUCUCCGUCAGUACAAAACAGGCAAAAUCACAAUUGAAAAGAUCAUUAAGAUUGUUAUCACUGUUGCUGAAGAAAAAGAGAAGAAAAAUGAAAUUACCUUUGACGGUCUGAGAGCACCCGUCCCUGCUACUGACCUCCUGGAAUCCAAAAUCAUUGAUAAAGAUCUGUACAACAAAUUGCAUAAUGGCAACAUGACCGUCAGUGAGGUGUCUCAAAUGGAGCCUGUCCACAAAGCACUGAAGGGUACAAACGGUAUUGCAGGUGUAGUCAUUGACUCAUCUAAGGAGACAAUGUCCUUCUAUCAAGCCAUGAAGAAGGACAUGAUGAGGCCCGGGCCUGCCUUGAACUUGCUUGAAGCCCAAGCAGGAACAGGCUACUUGGUCGACCCAGUUCACAAUCAGAAGUAUACCGUUGAUGAAGCUGUCAAAGCAGGUGUUGUUGGUCCUGAGCUGCAUGAAAAGCUUCUGUCUGCAGAAAGAGCUGUUACAGGCUACAGAGAUCCAUACACUGGAAAAACUGUAUCUCUGUUCCAAGCAAUGAAAAAAGAUCUCAUACCUAAAGAACAAGGACUCCGCUUACUCGAUGCCCAAAUGACAACUGGUGGCAUCAUAGAUCCAGUAAAGAGCCAUCGCAUUCCUCAUGAUGUGGCUUGCAAGAGAAGCUAUUUUGAUGAUGAAAUGAAGCAGGCUCUGAGUAAUCCAACUGAUGAAACUAAAUGCUUCUUUGACCCCAACACAAAAGAAAAUCUCACAUACUCUCAGCUCUUUGACAGAUGUGUCACUGACAAGAAAACUGGUCUGCGGGUCCUGCCUCUUUCUGAUGAAGCAAUCAAUGCUAAGGAACAACCAGCAUACACCGAAGCCCAGACCAAAGAGGCUAUGACUCAGGCUACUGUAGAAGUUAACUCUGGACCAUUUAAGGGCAGGAAAAUGACCCUGUGGGAAAUUAUCAACUCUGAAUACCUCACUGAGGAAGAGAGACUUGACCUGCUCAGACAGUUUAGGUCAGGAAAAAUUACAAUUGAAAAGAUAAUUAAGAUUAUCAUCACAAUUGUAGAUGAGAAAGAAGCCAAGAAACAAGAACAGUCCAGCUUCAAGGGACUCAGAGCUCCUGUCCCAGCAGACUCCCUGUAUGAGUCUAAAAUCAUUGACAAACCAACCUUUGACCUGCUUCAACAAGGCAAAACUACACCCAAGAAAGUCAGUGAAAAUCCCAAUGUCAGUAAAUACCUCCAGGGCUCUAGUAGCAUUGCUGGACUCUACCUGGAACCAACAAAAGAGAAACUCAGCAUUUAUCAAGCCAUGAAGAAAAAGCUUCUCCGCCAUAACACUGGCCUUUCACUUCUUGAGGCUCAGGCUGCAAGUGGGUUCAUUGUAGAUCCUGUAAGAAACCAAUGCCUGUCAGUAGAUGAAGCAGUAAAGUCAGGAGUUGUUGGUCCAGAGUUACAUGAAAAACUCCUCUCUGCAGAAAAAGCUGUCACUGGUUACAAAGAUCCAUUCACAGGCAACAAAAUCUCCCUCUUUGAAGCAAUGCAGAAAGAUCUCAUCUUAAAAGAACAUGCAAUGCCCCUAUUGGAGGCCCAGAUUGUGAGUGGAGGAAUUAUUGACCCUGUAAAAAGCCAUCGUGUCCCCACUGAUGUUGCAUAUCAGAAGAACAUUUUGAGCAGAGAUAUUGCCAAGACCCUCUCUGAACCAUGUGAUGAAAACAAAGUUUUCUCUGACCCAGAAACUGAUGAGAAUAUAACCUACAGACAACUUAAAGACAAAUGCCAAAAAGAUAAAGACACAGGCCUGUACAUGCUCUCACUCUCCAAGCCGCAGUCUCCAACUGUUGUAGAGAAGACAUACCUCUACACAGAGGAGCAAACACAGAGUGAGCUGUCCAGUACCCAGCUUGACAUUCCUAUUGAGGGGCUUGCUGAUAAACCCAUGAAUCUCUGGGAUGUCGUGAACUCAAAUUUGCUUCCAGAGCAAGAGAGGCAGAAGCUCCUAGAUGAAUAUCGCUCUGGUAAAAUCACUAAAGAGCGGAUGAUCAUCAUCAUUAUUGAGAUCAUGGAGCAAAGAGAGAUCAUCAGAAAUGAUAGUCCACUGUCAUAUAUGACUAUAAGGAGAAGGAUAACUAUUGAGGAGCUCUACAAUGCUCGCAUCAUUGAUUUGGAAACAUACAACCUUCUUAAACAGGGCAAGAGAGACAUCCGUAACAUAAUGGAGUUGACAAGUGUAAAGCAGUAUCUUUAUGGAACAGGCUGUGUCGCAGGCAUCACAACAGACUCGAGCUCCAAGCUAAGCAUAUACCAAGCAAUGAAGAGAGGUUUUAUUAAACCAGAAAUAGGCCUCACCCUCCUAGAAGCCCAAGCUGCUACAGGAUUCAUUGUUGAUCCACUGAAGAACGAAACGCUCACUGUUGAUGAAGCUGUCCGUAAGGGUGUCGUUGGCCCUGAGAUCCAUGAUAAACUUCUUUCAGCUGAAAGAGCUGUCACAGGAUACAAAGAUCCCUACAGUGGAAAAAUCAUAUCACUUUUCCAGGCCAUGAAAAAGGAUCUCGUUCCAGAGGAUUAUGCUCUCAAAAUGUUGGAGGCACAAACUGCCACUGGUGGUAUUAUUGAUCCUGAAUUCCAGUUCCACCUGCCAACAGAUGUCGCUAUGCAAAGGGGCUAUAUCAACAAGGAAACCAAUGAGAAACUGAAUGAUGAUGUGAAAGGAUUCGUUGAUCCUGUCACUGAUGAGAAACUGUCAUAUGCACAGCUACUCAAACGAUGCAAGUUGGAUGGUGGAUUGCGCCUGCUUUCAUUGGGAGACCAGCGGCUGACAUUCAAGGGUCUGAGAAAACAAAUCACAAUUGAGGAGUUGAUUCGCUCACAAAUCAUUGACCAGCAGACUGUCAGUGACCUGAAUGAAGGUCUUGUUUCAGUAGAGGAGAUUAGCAAUAGGCUAUCAAGGUACCUGCAGGGUACAGGCUGUAUUGCUGGUGUAUUUUUGGAGUCCACAAAGGAACGCCUGUCAAUUUACCAGGCUAUGAAGAAGAACAUGAUUAGGCCAGGCACUGCAUUUGAACUCCUUGAGUCCCAGGCAGCCACAGGAUAUGUUAUCGAUCCAAUCAAAAACCUCAAACUGACUGUCAAUGAAGCAGUAAAGAUGGGAAUAGUAGGCCCAGAAUUCAAAGACAAGCUUCUCUCUGCUGAGCGUGCAGUAACAGGAUAUAGAGAUCCUUAUACAGGCAAGACAAUCUCUUUGUUCCAGGCCAUGAAGAAAGGGCUUAUCCUAAAAGAUCAUGGUAUCCGUCUACUCGAAGCUCAGAUUGCCACUGGCGGAAUAAUUGACCCGGAGGAAAGUCACCGUCUGCCAGUUGAGGUGGCUUACAAUCGUGGCUUCUUCGAUGAGGAAAUGAAUGAGAUACUGACAGAUCCGUCUGAUGAUACCAAAGGCUUUUUUGAUCCCAACACUGAGGAAAACCUAACCUACCUCCAGCUGAUGGAGAGGUGUAUCACUGAUCCUGACACUGGCCUGGUGCUCCUGCUACUCAAAGAGAAGAAGCGGGAAAGAAAGACCUCUUCCAAAUCCUCAGUACGUAAACGCAGAGUUGUCAUUGUAGAUCCAGAGACUGGCAAAGAAAUGACUGUGUAUGAGGCCUACCGCAAGGGGCUCAUUGACCACCAAACCUACCUGGAGCUUGCUGAGCAGGAGUGUGAAUGGGAAGAAAUCACAAUGACGACUUCUGAUGGCACUGUAAAAUCCGUCAUUAUUGACAGGAAGUCAGGAAGACAGUAUGAUGUUGAUGACGCUAUUGCACGUGGCUUUAUUGACCAGAAUGCUCUUGAAACAUACCGAGCUGGAAACCUGUCCAUCACAGAGUUUGCUGACAUGCUUUCUGGAAACAUGGGAGGCUUCCGUUCAAGAUCAUCCUCAUUUGGUUCUACCACUGGUUCCACUUACUCCUCUCCAAUGAGCCCCCUACCAUCAAUUAAACCACCUGCAGUCAUAUGGAAUGACCCAACAGAGGAGACUGGCCCUGUAGCAGGAAUAUUAGACAUAGACACAUUGGAAAAAGUGUCUGUCACUGAGGCAAUCCACAGAAAUCUGGUAGACAACAUCACUGGUCAAAGACUGUUGGAGGCCCAGGCAUGUACAGGUGGAAUAAUUGACCCCACAAGUGGAGAGAAAUACUCAAUUGCCGAGGCCACAGAAAAAGGUCUUGUGGACAAAAUCAUGGUUGAUCGUCUCAACCUGGCUCAAAAAGCAUUCAAUGGAUUUGAAGACCCCAGAACUAAAGUGAAGAUGUCUGCCUCCCAGGCCUUGAAAAAGGGCUGGUUGUAUUAUGAGGCUGGUCAGCGUUUCCUUGAGGUCCAAUAUCUAACUGGUGGACUCAUUGAGCCUGAUGUUGAGGGCAGGGUGUCAAUAGAUGAAUCCAUUAGGAAGGGUACGAUCGAUGCUCGCACUGCCCAGAAACUGAGGGAUGUCAGUGCCUAUUCUAAAUAUCUGACCUGCCCAAAAACCAAACUGAAAAUCUCCUUCAAAGAUGCCAUGGACAGAAGCAUGGUUGAGGAAGGCUCUGGCUUAAGGCUUCUGGAAGCCUCUUCACAGUCUAGCAAAGGCCUCUACAGUCCCUACAAUGCUAGUGGCUCUGGAUCGGCUUACGGCUCCCGGACUGGCUCAAGAACCGGAUCCCGAUCAGGCUCCAGGAGAGGCAGUUUUGACGCUGGCUCUGGCUUCAGCAUGAACUUCUCAUCUUCCUCCUUUACAUCAUCUUCUAGCUACAGCCGCAGAUUCUAGAUUUUACAUAUUGACUAAAAACCAGCAGUACUAAUGCACUUUACAGUUGCAUUUCUAACAGGAAAUAAAUAGUUAAAGUAACAGAAAAUAUAAUUUAUUUGUUCUUCCCUGCAUGUGGUCAAAACAAGAAUUGAAUUGUCUAGGUUAUUACUUUUUCAUAUAACAUCAGUCUAAACAUGCGCUCUAGAUGUAGAGACAUAACCAGGCAUUGCAAAAUAUAUAAAAUAUUCAUAUCCUCUAGUACAGAUGACAAAGUGAGUUUAUAUUUUUCAAAGCAAAGCAUGCCUUUUCUGCUGUUUGAGUUUAUAGUUUUUAUAUUACACAGUUCAAAAGAUGUAUACUUUAUACUUUCUGAAACUAAUAUAUACUUCCUGUAUAUCAAACAGAAAUAUUUCUUGAAUAUUUCAUGUUUCCUUAGAAAUUUUGUUUAUUUUUUAUCUUUUUCAACAGUACUGGUAAAGAGAUACCAAAUGUUAACAUAAUUCUAAUGUUUUUAACUAAAAUAUUUGGAUGCAUUUAAAAUUCCUGAAUGUUUGUAAAGAGUAUGCACAGAGUAUGUGUUAAUUUUUUAAUGUUACAAAUUGUCUGGGCUACUGCAUUAUGCACCCAGUAAAUUGCAGCACAGAAUACAUCUGCGACACUACACAAAGAGACACUAUAGGAAUGCAACAAGUUCCACAAUUAAAUCCAUGUACACUGUUCUGAAAUCAGUUUCAGAUCUGUCAUUACUUUGCUUUUACACCCAUUUAUAUUCAGUAUGUGUUUUCAUCUUUUGAGUUAACUGCACCAUUGUUUUACACACUGCUCAUAACCAUCAUCACUCAAGUGCUCCCACUAAAUCCCAAGAUGAUGUCAGACUCGAUCCCGAUCCCCCCCCCACAGACCUGCUCCUGUUAUUUUGAUUCUUCUGCCUCAGUCACUCAGAAUCCAACAUCUGGUCACAUAUACUCAACUGGCUGGAGAAUACGAUCUCCUAACCUUGGAUGGAUCUGUGAGUCCAUGCCAGCUUCAUGCUGUAACACAGAUACCAUUGAGUAUGUCCUUUCUUCCAUUGUACAUCACUGUUGAAGAAAGCUGAGGCUGAGUCAACAUCAUCUUGGGAUGCCUUUCUAGGAACACUUCAUUUAUUACCGUUUGUCAUGUAUUUAUUACUUGAAUGCUAAUACUGAUAUUUAUGUUAUAUCCUGGCAUUUUUAGAGAAAAGCCACUGAGAAUAAAAACAUUUAUGUGUACAUUUCAAUCAAGAUAAUACAUCAAGACUUUUUUUUUUUUGCUAUUCCUGACUACAUAUCCAGUUCAACUGAAGUGCCUAUGAAAGUAAUUUGGAGAACUGAGAUAUUGAUUCAGCACCACAUUGCAUGAAUUUAUGUUUUUUCAAAUUAAUUCCUUUCUUUUGCCUUUUUUUUGCUGCAGAUUUCCUUUUUUGCAGAUUCAAAGACAGCACAAAGAAUAAUUGUGCUUAGUUAUUUUCUCAAAUGACCUAUUUCUGUUAUGCAUCUUUAAAGUUUUACUGCUGUAAAUCUUUUUGUUUUCAUGAUGGUUUUGAUAUUAUGAAUGUCUUGCAUGUUUUACUAACUUUUUAAAGGAUAUUGGGGGGAAAAUGUCGGUGUAAAAUAAAAGCAACUUCAGUAAGUGUUAAGUGUGCCAAUUUAAGUUUCAGCAAUAUAUAAAACGACAAACUAACUGGUUGGAUUUUGUUAUGGGGCAGAUGUUGCUUCAGCGACAUGGCAAAAAAAUCUCUUGUAUGUGAACUUAACACUAUGUUGUAAAUAAACGUGCUCUGAAGAAGCA